AUGACAACUAGAGCAGAUUGUCAAAUCCUAAUGGACAUCCUCAAUAGAUACUACUUUACUAUUGUCCAAAUGAUCAAUUUGAACAAGUCUGCAAUUACUUUUAAUCAUCAACAAGAGCUUGCUCAGUACCUCAGAAUCCCAAAGGCACACAAAGCAAGGAAGUAUCUGGGACUACCUGUAGAGUGGGGAGGAUCUAAGAAAUAA